AUGAGUCAUCUCGUCCAUCAAGACAUUGACGCAAAGGCACCAUCAUUUGAAGUCAACUCUCCCAAAGAUGAAGCAACCGACCUGGUAGAAUACCAGGAUACCAGCAGAAACAUCGGCAUCUGGGAAGCCCUCACCCAUCGCAACAAGCCCGCUGAUCUUGACGCCCUCGCCACAGAGCGCAGCGUCUUUGACGACCCCCACCUUUCCCAAUUCUACCAACCACCACCAGAGUAUGAGAACUUCCAUCGCUUCGACCCAAACGAGCGAUGGACGUAUCGCGAAGAACGCGCCGUUCGUCGCAAGACAGACUUGAAGAUCUUCAUAUGGAUUCUCGUCAUGUUCUUCGGUCUUAACAUCGAUCGCGGUAAUCUCGGCAACGCAGCUGCUGAUAAUUUACUCGACGAUCUUAGCCUCAACACCAACGACUUUAAUAACGCCCAGAACAUGUAUCGCAUUGGUUUCCUCGUCGCUGAGAUUCCGUCGCAGAUGAUCGGCAAGCGCCUUGGCCCUGAUCGCUGGAUCCCUGUCCAGAUCAUCCUCUGGAGUUUAGCGUCGGGCGGACAGUUCUUCAUGCAUAACCGGGCGGGUUUCUUUGCAUGCCGUUUCUUCAUAGGCUUGUUCAUGGGUGGUUUCAUCCCAGACUCGAUCCUCUAUCUCUCAUACUUCUACAAAAAGACCGAGAUGCCUAUUCGUCUUGCCCUCUUUUGGUUCGUCGACUCCAUGUCUGGUGUCGUGGCUUCGUUCAUGGCAUACGGCAUUCUUCACAUGCGCGGUGUCGCUGGCCGAGAAGGCUGGCGCUGGCUGUUCCUCUUAGAGGCUUUGGUCAGCUUGGUAGUUGGUGUCCUGAGUUUCCUCUUCCUUGUUCCUGGACCUACCCAGACUAAGACGUGGUGGAAUCCCGCUGGCUACUUCACCGAGCGCGAGGAGAAGAUCAUCGUCAAUCGUGUUCUUCGCGACGAUCCGUCCAAGAGCGGCAUGCAUAACCGUGAACCGAUUACAUUGGGUAUGCUUUGGAAGAGUCUUAAGGAUUAUGACCUCUGGCCUGUAUAUGCUAUCGGUAUACUGUUCGAGAUUCCUACCGCACCGCCAAAGACUUACCUGACAUUGUCGCUUCGAGCUUUGGGCUUUAGUACUUUCAACACGACCCUUUUGGCCAUUCCUGCUACAGUGUUUGCCGCUGUCAACAUGCUUUGGAUCACUUUUCUUACAGAGAAGUUCCACCAGAUUGCCUUGUUUGGCUUGCUGACCCAGCUUUGGGUCCUCCCAUUGCUCAUCGUCGAAUACACCUCAGUGCAGAAUCUGUCACACUGGGCUCAAUACGCUGUAGCAUUCUUGAUCAUCGGCCAACCCUCCGUCCACGCAGCUCAAGUUGGUUGGUGCUCCAGACUAUCCGGCUCCGUCCGAACCCGGGCUAUCAGUGCGGCUCUGUACAACAUUACUAUCCAGUUGUCAGGCAUCGCAUCGUCCAACAUUUAUCGGGAAGAUGAUAAACCGCUGUACCAUCGUGGCAACAAGAACUUGAUUGGAAUUACUGUGGGAACUAUCUUUGCGUAUGCUUUUGCAAAGGCCUAUUACACUUACCGCAACAAGUCCAAGAGGAGCAAAUGGGACAGCAUGACUGCACAUGAAAAGGCGAAUUACCUCAACAAUACUAGUGACCAGGGUAACAAACGUUUGGACUUUUUCUUUGAUAGCUAG